CCCACGCUAACGCAGGGAGAUCAUGUGGGAGCACCUGGAGGAAACCCACGCUAACGCAGGGAGAACAUGCAAACUCCACACAGAAGAGCUCCCCCACCUCAGGGUUCAAACCAGGAACCCUCUUACUUUGAGGCAACAAUGCUAACCAGCCCAUGACAGUGGAACAGGUGUAUCAGAUGGGACCAGGAUCAGCAGAUGAUCAGAUGGAGUCAGACUCUCAUUAAAAACAUGUCUAAAUAUAAAACCUUGGACCUGAUUAAUCUGACAGACUGACAGAAGUCUGUGUGUCCACAGGUCAGAGUCCAACUGUCCCACAUGUCCAACAGAGAGGGACAGAGUCUGUCAACACACUGAGUGUGAAGAGGAGCUGCAGGUCAGCCAGGUCUAACAGGAGGUUCCAGGUCUUUGGAGCAGAACCAGAGAAGAACCCACACUCCCUCAGCUCCACCCUGAACUCUGUGUUGUGGAAAGCCAGUGAUGUCCUCCUGCAGGUUGCCAAGGACUUCUACCGCUGCGAUCGUUGUGGUCUCAGCAAGUUCUUCCUGGUUCCUGACAGUUUGGACCAAUGGGCUGACAGCAUGCAGCAGAGGCUGCUGGGAUUCCAGGAACAGACCAGGAAGUUUCUGAGCACAAGCAGAGAGGAGUUGGAGACUCAGCUGUCCAUGUUCGAGGAGCUGCUUCACUCUUUACCUGCAGUUUUGAUCAGUAACCAUGAGCGACAGCAGGGGGCGGGGCUUACAGAGGAGGUGGGCAGAGUCAGACUGAAGAUGGAGGAGAUGCUGGCGUCCAGCGAGGAGCAGAAGCAUGUGAAUAUCCGUCAGCUGAGAGUGUCUCUCAGAAAUGACGAGUUUCAGAGUCUGAACAGCAGAGAGGAGUUAAGACAGCAGCAGCUGCACAGUGCCGUCUGCAGCACACACCAGGAACUACAGGUGUGUGUGCGAGCCAGAGGGGAGGAGUUUGUCACAUCAUUGGCGUCUCUCACAGAGCAGCUGCUCUCUCAGCUCGACCUCCUGGUCACACCUGAAGAAACGGAGGCACACAAGCACCAAGACACCGCUGUUACCAUUGAGACGGGAGCUGAAACAGGACGGAAACCCUACACAGUCAGCAGGACCUGGCCUGGUAUCCCGUACCUGUUGCCAUCCAGUGUUACCAUGGCAACGACAUCAUCCAUCACCACGACCAGGUGCACCCUGGGACAUCUGGCUGUCAUCGAGCAGAGAGACGCUGCUGUGAAGCGGUUCGAGCAGAUGGUCAGGUCGGAGUUGUCUCGUUCAGACGACGACAAACGAAGACAACUGAGUGAAAUACACACCUGGAACACACACUGGAGACAGCAGAUACACACUCUGACACACACACACACACACACACUGAUGUGAUGGCAGCAGCUGAUUGGCUGUUUGCAUUGUAGAUUGUGAUGUCAUCAGCUGUGUUGAUGUUUGUUAAUAAACAGAAGAAGAAGA